UCCACAUUCACACCAAUUUGUGUACGGGAGUGGGUCUAUAUAGCGGCUUCCUUCCCUAGUGGAAAAACUGCCCUUCACCAGUCGGACGAGAUGGUGCAGAUCAAGAUCCUCCACGGUUACGAUAUCUCGCCGCCGGCGAACUCAGUCCCGGCGACCUCUCUCCCCCUCACCUUCUUGGAUAUCCCGUGGCUUCUCUGCUGCCCCAUGCAACGCCUCUUCUUCUACGACUUCCCUCAGUCCGCUCCCUCCUUCGCUCAGACCACCCUCCCGCUCCUCAUCCGCUCUCUCUCCCUCUGUCUCCGCCGCUUCUUCCCCUUUGCCGCCAACCUCGUCCUCCCCAUAGCGCCGCCCCAGAAGCCCUACAUCCUCUACUCCGACGGCGACUCCCUCUACUUGACCAUCGCCGAGUCCGCCGCCGACUUCUCCGAGCUCAUCAGCGACGAGGCACACGACGCGACGCUGAUACACCCUCUGGUGCCUCAGCUCCCGCCGCUGUGCGAAUCCGACGGAGCACGUGUGGGGCCUGUUAUGGCGAUUCAGGUGACUCUGUUCCCAGACAAGGGCAUUUGCAUUGGGGUCCAAUUCCUCCACGUGGUGGCAGAUGGGAAGUCCUUCACUCACUUCAUGAAAUCGUGGGCGUCUAUCCACCGGUCCGGAGGGGACCCCACUUGCGUUGACCCGGACGACUUGAGUCCUUUCCACGACCGAGGAGUGAUCAAAGACCCGAAUGGGCUCGAACCCAUAUUGUUGAAAGACUGGUGGAGUUUAGUGGGCCCGAGCCCGAGCCCAAGCCCAAACCCAAGCGAAGCUCUUCUCGCUGUUGCGGACAAGGUGAGAGCAACGUUUGUCCUUCGAAAAGCUCACAUCGACGGACUAAAAGCACAGAUCUUGAGCCAACUCAAGAACGACGAACUCGACUCGGAGUCGGAUUCAAUCCACUUGUCGACGUUCGUGGCGACGUGUGCAUUCAUAUGGGUGUGCAUCACCAAAUCAAAAGGCGAAGAACACGAGCGUCAGGACCAACCGUCAUCAAAGACCGAUGACGACAAACUUUGUUACUUCGUCUUUGUCGCAGAUUGUAGGGACCGGCUCGAAUACUCGAUACCCUCGACAUACUUUGGGAACUGUCUGGACAUAUGUUUUCUCUCGGAGAAGAGAAAUACGCUCCUGGGCAAAAGUGGAGUUCUGCAUGCCGCAAGGGCUAUAGGGAGGAGAGUCAAGGAAAUAGGGACAAGGGGAGCAUUGAGAGGGGCGAAGGAAUGGAUAAAGGACUUUAAAACAGCUGACGAUGGGGACUUAGUGGCAGUGGCCGGGUCGCCGAGACAAAAGGUGUACGACACGGACUUCGGGUGGGGAAGGCUGAGGAAGAGCCGCAUGGUGCACAUCGAUGUAUCGAGGGCGAUCUCUCUCGUGGAGAGUAGGGAUGCAGAUGGUGGUAUGGAGAUCGGGUUGGCAUUGACUAGGGUUGGUAUGAAGAAGUUCAUUUCUUUAUUUGAAAAGGGAUUGAAAUCAUUUAGACCACUUUAAAAUACAUCGGUCCAUCUAAUGCCAUGUCAAUUUCAAUUUGGUCCUUAUAUAUGGCUUGUUACAA